AUGCAGGAUAGUGGAUAUUUUGUUUGCGCUAAGCCGAGUUUGAGGCCAAGUUUCAAUGCUUUAUCGAUAUAUCUCAAUAUUAUGUACAAGUAAGAUUGAUCUAACUAUAUAUGUGCUUGUUAAAGUUUUAAUAUAAUUUAAGAUAAAUACAAGCUAAAAAUGUUUCAUAUGAAAGGUAUAUAAGUUUUCAAUAAUGAUUCGAUUUUGAAUUAAUUAAAUGUGCAUGCAUAUAUAGAGUUUGCUGUCGAAUAGAAACCUGGCAGAGAGUUCCAAAGCUUGUCACAAACAUAUAGCUUUUCAUUCUACUAAUAUGUCUCUGAAAUAUCAUAUAGAACGCUGACUUGUAUGCAUUGUUCUAUUUUUUUUAUCUGUGGUUUUUGAAUCUCUUCCUAGGGUGCUGCAAAUCUAUGUGCUUAUUUUAGCCAUAUUAUCUUCUCCUGUGGUGUUUGGUGAUAGAUUAUGAAGUGGUGUAUUGCCGGCCUGUCUGCAUGUGCCGGUACACUGAAAUUUAUAAAAAAUGCCACACAAAACAACAGCUGUUUCUGUCGGGCACUUUUGCAUUGUUGUCCUAAUAUGGAUGUUCAUAUCAAUCAUUACUUUAUUAGUGAAGUGAACUAGAAAGCAAUUUCAAAUUCCUAAACUGAAUUAGGGCGUGACUGAGGGAUUAUAAAAAGGGCGUACUUGUUCGUGUUUUCAAAGCAUUCGACAGCAGCAAGAAGACGAGCAUCAAGAGCAACAAGCAGAAUAUUUCUCCGAUUCUGUAAGUUUUUAUGAUUUAUAUACUGUAUGUCUAUAUAGGUAAAAUUUGUUUCACAAUUUUGAAUUGCAUGAUUCCAGCUUGCUGGCUUCUCGCACCAUGCCAUGUAUAUAUUACUCAUUGCAUGGAAAAAUAUAAACACCUUACUAUAUUUCUAGAUUAUGGCUACUUUCUUCCAGGAACCAAAUUACGAGGGACCUUGCAAGGUAUUGUGUAUUCUUUUAAAUUAAAUUAUCCUUCGCAUGAUAGCUUGAAAGGGCGUCUAAUGCCCUAGCCUGAUAUUAUGAUCCCUUUUUGUAGUUGCCCCCCUUCGCUGACGAAUUCUUAAAGCCCUGCUAUUCGGUGACCUGGUUAUCAAAUAUUAGUUGUUCGAAACGACAAGGAAUGGAAGCUCGCCACCACCGAUGAAAAUUAUCCCACCGUGGGUGAAAGGGUCUUUACAUACUUUACCCCAGUUGUCAUAAUUCCCUAAUAAAUGCCCUGAUGCAGGAUAGUUGAUAAAGUUUGUUUGCGCUAAGUUCGGUUUUAAAUCAACGCCUGUUACGAAACCACCUGAAAAUGAAUGUUUUCAAGCAAGCAGACUAUACGAGGCUUUUGAAAUAAGUUAAAAAUACAGACAAUUCGCAUCUUCAUAGUCCUUGGAUUAAGAUUUUAUUGUUGCAAAUGGCAGCCAUUUUGGAGAGACCACCGACUACCACGUGUCCAUUGAAAAUGUCAGUCACAUCACAAAAAGGGAGAAGGAGAAGAUAUGGUUUGACAGUCAAUUAUGGUAUCAGACAAAUUUCCUUCAUCAAAUUGUAAUGCGAGUUUUUUCUUUCCAAUAUGGCCGCUGCGUGCUGGCUCCAGUUUCCAAGUACAUAGCAACAGAUGUGUUCCCUUGAAAGGUUUAAAUCAGUAAUUAAUUAGACAUCACAAAAAUAUUGUGGGAUCGGUCACCGAAGAAAAACAUUUUUCUGAGUAAAAAGUUUGCGGAACCAACAUAAUUUAAAAAGAAAAAAAUAUAAAAAUAUAAAAAAUCAUCUGAUCAAAAAUUUUACAAAAGGAUACCUUUCAGUUGCCACACAUGACCUUUACCACUUUUGUGACAUGAGCUUGAUAACUGCUUGUACAAUUUCUGCAGUCUAAAGUUUCAUGUUGUCUGCACACGUACUGGAGACACUAUUUUCCUCCUGACAAAUCGGAGAAUGAUCAAGGUGUUGACUCUUAUUGAUUUACAUAUUUGUUUCCCUCAAUAUUUGAGUGAGUCAUGCUUUGGAAAUGACAAAUCAUCCUUUACCACUUCUGUGAAAUGAUUAGUUUUUAUUACCCAAACCUGGAGUAGUUUUGUUUUGCAUUUCUCCAACCUUUCACUCACUCACUCACUCACUCAAAAUUUUUUUCCCAACCCUUUUCUCUUCAGUGCCAUUCCCGCCAUAAAUAAUGACCGAGAGUCCAAAAGAGAAUGAAAAUACACAUUCCCUAAGAAAAGGAAUUUCCUCUUAACUUUACAGGACAAAGUAAGGGACUGUUCUGACAUUACCGCUCGUGGACCGCUUCCCAAUGGUGCGCAAUCUGCCAAAGUUGAGGGCAAAGAUAAUUGGUUAGUGUACGGAGGAAAGAACGAGGCCGACCCAAGUGCUGAGCUUGUUGCUGGAAAGGCUUACCCAAACGUGGAAAGCAUGGGAUUGCCGGCAGGCACCAUUAUCCAAAGCAUUAAAAUUAAAGCGUAAUGAUAUAAAAGUACAAACUGAACAAUGCUUCAUGUUAAUUAUUUUUGUAAGUUUGAUUUCAAUUGGAG